UAGAUCUGUUAUGAAUAAGUGAUUAACAUCUUAUCUCAAUGUGAAUGUAUAAAAUUGCCAUUAGUUUGCAUAUUUUUGUAUCAAUUGUGUUUCAAUAAUUUGUGGUGUCUCCUUGCUGUGCAUGAUGGCCUGCAGGAAUCUAUUCCUAACCUCUAAAUUGAGCAAACAACUAUUGAGUAACAGGAGUUCUAUUUUUUAUAGAGCCAUGUCAACGGAGAGUGAUGUGCUCUUCGAAGAUGUUAAAGGCAAGGGGGUGAUUACAUUCAACAGACCCAAAGCUUUGAAUGCUUUGAACUUGUCCAUGGUUGAAAAGCUGUUGCCAACUCUGCAGAAGUGGGAGAAGGAAAAGUCUAUGGUUGUGGUGAAAGGAGCUGGUGGCAAGUCUUUUUGUGCUGGUGGAGAUGUAAGGGCUGUGACUGAAGCUGGUCUGAGAGGUGAAAGAUAUGGCUAUGAUUUCUUCAAGAAGGAAUAUAUUAUCAAUGGCAUAAUUGGAACCUAUGGGAUCCCAUACAUUGCCUUGAUUGAUGGCAUUGUAAUGGGUGGAGGUGUUGGAAUGUCUGUACAUGCACCAUACAGGGUGGCCACUGAGCGCACGCUCUUCGCCAUGCCCGAAACAGCCAUCGGUUUAUUCCCGGAUGUUGGUGGUUCCCACUUCUUACCGCGGUUGGGUGGUAAAUUGGGACUUUACUUAGCCCUGACCGGUGUUAGGCUCAGGGGUGCGGAUGUCUUGAAGGCCGGCAUAGCCACGCAUUACGUAGACAGCUCAAACCUGGAGAAUGUAGAAAAGGCUCUAUUGGAUUGCUCCAAUGUACAGGACAUAGACAAAGUUCUUAAGGGAUUCUCGGUAGUCGAUAAUAAUGAAUUUUCUUUGAAAUCGGUGAUGGAGAAGAUCAACACAUGUUUCAACGGCUCCACGGUUGAACAGAUUUGCAGUAAUUUGGAAAAGGAUGGAUCCAGCUGGGCGCAGGAAACUCUUAAGCUGCUCAACCACAUGUCGCCGACCAGUCUGAAAAUUACCCUGGAGCAACUCAAUAUGGGAAGCAAAAUGAAUCUCCUGGAAUGUCUCCAGAUGGAGUACAGAAUGGCGGUUAAUUGCUUAAAUAAUAAAGACUUCUAUGAAGGUGUACGCGCACUUUUGAUUGACAAAGACAAGAGCCCAAAAUGGAACCCGGCUACUAUUUCCGAAGUCUCUGAUAAACUCGUGCAAAGCCACUUCAGCAAACUCCCUGAAGAUGAGGAAUUAAAGCACAAACUGUGAUAACCGGUAUACGAAUAUCUUCGUACAUUUUAUGCUCUUAGGCAUUAUGUUCAAAGCUUCUAAAUAAAUUUUACUAUUUCUCUUUUCA